AUUGUGUCUGUGUGUGUGUGGUGGUCCGUGGUCGGCUGAAGUCCGACAACCGUAGCUGUUACUUUACUUCCCAUUUACACACAAACCCCACCACACUACCAAUACUUUAUUCAGUCAAACUUUGUUUAAACUUACAUUUAUGAAAUAUCUCAACUCAGGUUAUGCAGAAACUCCCCUCUCCAUUUGUGAGACAAACAAAAUAAGCCCAGUUUGUCGUGUGGUCAGAGACACACAAGACACAACGGACGGCCCCAGAGGACCGGGGGGUGCUUCUCGUGUCUCGGGAGGAAGGGACGAUUCUCGCUCCCUGCAAUCCACCAAAAGACGUUGGGUUCCUCCUUCAACUGUCAGACGCGAUGCACAAACCCCUGAAAACAGACAUGAUCAAGUCUUCCGCAAGGUGCGGGGCAUUCUCAACAAGCUCACUCCGGAGAAGUUCCAGAAGCUGAGUGAUGACUUGCUGCAAACAGAACUCAACUCCAGUGUUAUUCUCAAAGGUGUCAUUUUUUUGAUCUUUGAAAAGGCGCUAGAUGAACCGAAGUACAGUUCUAUGUACGCACAGCUGUGCAAGCGCCUGACCGAAGAAGCACCCAACUUUGACCCUCCAUCCAGCCCUUGCACAUUCCGUGUGUUGCUACUAAACAAGUGCAAGACAGAGUUUGAGAAUCGUUCGCACGCGUCCGAAGCCUAUCCUGAUGACGCAAUCUUGUCCCCUGAAGAUGAGGAGCGAAAACAGAAUGCCAAACGCAAGAUGCUGGGCAACAUUAAGUUUAUCGGAGAACUUGGAAAACUGGAGAUCUUGGCGGAAGGGAUCCUGCACAGAUGUAUUCAGCAGUUGUUGGGCACCACACAUCGCAACAAGCCCAUGGCAGAGGAUCUGGAGUGCCUCUGUCAGAUAAUGAGAACCUGUGGUCGCAAUCUGGACACAGACAUGGGAGCAAAACUGAUGGAGCAAUACUUCAAGCGUAUGGAGAAGCUUGCGAAGAACAACGAGUUGCCUUCUCGUAUCCGCUUCAUGUUGCAAGACACAAUCGAACUGCGUCGAGACAAGUGGGUGCCGCGCAAGGCCACUAGCACUGAGGGCCCAAUGCCCAUCAACCAGUUGUGUGAGGAGGAAAAUGGGCGCAUUAAUGUAUUCGGGACAAGUGAGCGGCGACAAAACUUCAACCCGGAGCUGUUCCGUCGAACCCUCAAGACAAGGAGUGGCUUCGAUGAUGUGCUGGGUGGCCCCCUCACUCCUCUGCAUGCUCCGGGCCCCCUCCACCCUCACGAAAAGUUCAAUUCUUAUAAUGGCUACCAGUCGGGGUACCGCCAGAACUCCCGCCAGAACCACCACCAGCAGCAGUUCUAUCCUCAGAACCGGUACAACAAUCAACACAACAACAAUAAUAACAACACCAAUAAUUCAGGAGGUAAAGAGCUGGCGCCUCGUUUCAAGAAGAUGAGUCAUCAACCAGCAGCCACCAAUUUGGACGAGAUCUCUCUCCGCCCCCCCAGCAAUUCUAUGGUUUUUAACACCAAGCAGCUCAACACCAAGCCUCAGAUCUCUAUGCCACCAGUUAACAAUCACAUGCCGACCCCUCACCCUGUCAAGGAGAAUGUGGUUGUUAUCAAACCAGCGUCAGUUGAUAAGAAUAAGAAUAACAAGAAGGAAAAGGGUCCUAGUAAGGAAGAGGUAUUGAAGAAGGUAUUGGCACUUGGAGAAGAUAUGUUAAGGGAGCGUAGCGUGGCGGGCGGUGUGACAGCUUGGCGUGAUCACCGCAUACCGGAGCGACUUGUGUCGGAAGCGCUGGUCGCUUUGCUGUCAUUCACUCUGGAUAAGACCGAAGCCGACAGAGAGCUGGCUCUAACCCUCGUGGCCACCCUUCGCAAGGAGGGUCUUGCCUCUACUGCUCAGGUCCUGGACUGCCUGCGGAACCUGGUGAAUUCAAUGGCCGAGCGGGAGGCAACAGUGCCCAAGAUACACUCGCACGUGGCUGGUAUCGCUGCACAUGCGGUGACCCAGUCUCUAGUGACCUUAGAUGAGGUGGCGGAGCUGACCGAGGGGGGCAGCCACUACCCACUUUUCAUGCUGACCCUGCAGAACCUGCAUCGCACUCUUGGCAAGCAGGACCUCACCACUCUCUUCAAUAAGAGUAAGGUGAACCUACUGCAGACACUGCCUGAGGCGGACCGCAGCAAAGAUCGACUGUCUGAGCUAUUGGACGACCGUAGUCUGGGCUUCCUGUGUCCUUUACUGCGUAUCCAGGCAGAGUUGUGGGACCAGCUGGAGGCAGACCAGAACCCUUCCGCUCUCUACAAGUGGAUCAAGGACAACCUGGAACCGGCACACCAUGUCGAUAAGAGCUUCAUCAGUGCCCUGGUAACUGUCGUGGUCAAGUUCAUCAGCCAGGAGGCCAGCGGUGCAGAAAAGUGCCAGGAGCGUGAGAAGGCUCUCCUGGAGAAAUACAAGCCGGUGCUGAAUGCAUUCCUCAACAACCACACAGAUCUGCAGGUGGUGGCGGUCUACGCCUUGCAGACUUACUGCUUCUCUUUUGAUUUUCCUAAAGGAAUGUUGCUGCGGUGGUUUGUCAAUUUGUAUGAUUUAGAAGUGAUAGAAGAGGAUGCUUUCCUGAAAUGGCGUGAAGACAUUACUGACGCAUACCCAGGAAAGGGAAAAGCGCUGUUCCAGGUGAACACUUGGCUGACUUGGUUGGAGACAGUGUCCUCUGAAGAGGAAGAUGAAGAGGAUGCUUGAAGCAAGGCAGUAUUAAAACAUCAAGUUAUUCAGAAGAGCAUGAAUGAUAGAACAACCACUCAUUUUUUACAAAACUUAAAUUAAUUGUAGUCGUUAUCUCUUAGUUAUACAAAUAUUUUUAAUUUUUCUAUUGUAUUGUUGUACCAUGAUAGUGUCCAGGAAGUAGUUCUGUAUUCAGGAUUCAAUAAAAACAUUUUAAUUGUGACUUAUCGGUUGCAAGUUUUAUUUCUGUGAUUUUGUUAUAUACUUGAUCUUAGAUUCUGAGGUUUCACUUGUCUUUUUUGUAACUUUUUUAAGACUAAAUAUUCUUAUUAGUGUGCGGCUGAGUGCAUUUAGUUGAUGUCGUCUUGUCUGAGCUGAUACCGUUUUCUCAAUCAUUGUUUCUUGUCAAGUAAUUUAUUAUUCUUUGUGAUCAAAACUUUCUGACCAAUUCAGUUAAUAACAGAAUUAAAAUGUAGGUGAUUUCAAUUCCUAUGCAACAUGUAUUAAGUUUUUUAUGUAUUUUGAAUGUAUGCUAGAGAAUGUAACGAAUGUAAUGUCAAAAUAUUAAAAAACUGCAAAAAAAUAGUAAACACAAA